AUGGCACAAACACAGGUGGAAAUCACAGACUCCAACAAGUCACCGCUGAUCCAGAUCUUAUCAUGGUUCUUCUUGGUCGUGGCGAUUCUGGCGGCUCUUGCGCGAUCCGGCACCAAGCUGCACAUGGUCAAGACGUUGAAACUCGACGAUUGGUUGGCAGUCGCAGCAACAUCGAGUAACCCGGACCCAACUUUGAUCCAGGUCGUGGCCGUUGCACAGUUCAUUUCGUCAGUCGCACAAGCGGGGAGCGGUCUGGGACAACAUAAAGAUGCGCUCACAGAGCAACAAAUAUCAUCCAUUCUAAAGGGCGAAUAUGCGACCGAUCUGCUCUACAUUGCAAGCCUCGGCCUCGCCAAGGUGUCGACCGCCGCCACCGUCGUCAACAUUGCGGCGCGAAAGCAUCGUAGUCUUAUUUACGGCGUCGGCGCGCUCAUUCUGGCUUGGGCGGUGACUGGAUUCAUUGUUAUUUUAUUUCAGUGCCAGCUACCGGCACCAUGGGACUUUAUAAGCAAAAAGUGCAUCGCUCGGCCUGCAUUUUGGAAGUAUUUUUGCGUCAUGAACAUUAUUACGGAUCUCGCCCUGAUUGGUAUCAUGGUUGAGAAUAUUCGCGGAAUUCAAACGACCUGGAGCAAAAAGGUGUUGGUCAUUGGCGUCUUUGGCAGUCGGAUUUUUGUCACGCCUGCCCUCAUUUUCCAAAUUGUCUACUCGGACAAGUCUCUCACCACGGCCGAUCCAACCUUUGACAUGUGGGAAUGGUCCAUCAUCAUGGCCGUUGUGCAGUGCCUCAGCAUCCUCACCAUCUGCAUCCCCAACCUGAAGCCCUUCCUCGACAGCUUACAGUCUGGUCAAAUCCGCAUCGACGACCUCCGCCGACAAGGCAAGUCGAGCAGCAAUGGCUACGGCAGCUACCAGCGCAGCGGCAACAAGUCUGGCCAAAACAGCGGCUCCAACAAGGGUGGCGUACGGUCAAACACUGGUCUUGACACGACCACCUCGCAAAAGAGCAAGCUAUUCGAACUGGUGGAAAUUCCAAAACACCGCAGGGGUCAGGCCGGAUCCAAUGGAGGAGUGCUAUCAUCCCAAGACGGCAACACGGCAUGGGAUGGGCAAAGUCACACCAGUCAGACUAUUCUCAUUCAACAAACCAAGACAUGGCACGUGGACGUGGAGACAACAAAAAGCAACAGCUCAGAGUGA